AUUCUCUCACAGUAGGACCUUCGUAGUGUGUUUUUUGAAGAAAGAAAUAGGUGAAAGAAAUAGGUUGUGUUGGAGUGAAAAUGGAGUUGGGAUGGGUUGUGUUAUUGGUUGGGGUAUUGGGUUUAAGCAUCUUUUGGUGGGUGGUGAGGAGGGUGAAUUGUUGGUACUAUGAGAUAGUGAAGCUUGGUCAUGAGAAGAGCCUGCGUUUGCCUCCAGGUGAUUUAGGUUUGCCUUUCAUUGGCAACAUGUGGUCUUUCCUCAGAGCUUUCAAGUCCUCCAACCCAGAUUCCUUCACCUCCUCAUUUGUUUCCAGAUAUGGAGCAACUGGGAUGUACAAGGCCUUCAUGUUUGGUAGCCCAAGUAUCAUCGUUACAACACCGGAGCCCAGCCGAAGGGUUCUGACAGAUGAUGAAGCAUUCAAGCCUGGGUGGCCUGCUUCCACCACGGAACUCAUAGGCAGAAAGUCUUUCAUUGGCAUUUCUUUCGAAGAGCACAAGCGUUUGCGUAAGCUGACAAUGGCCCCUGUGAAUGGGUACGAUGCAUUGUCUUUUUACAUUGGGUACAUCGAAGAAAAUGUGAAGAUAGCACUCGAGAAAUGGGCUUCCAUGGGAGAGAUAGAGUUGUUGACACAGCUUCGGAAGCUGACGUUUACGAUAAUUGUGUACAUUUUCUUGGGGGCAGAGAGUAAACAGGUCAGGGAGGCCUUGGAGAGGGAAUACACAACUCUCAACUAUGGGGUUAGAGCUAUGGCAAUUAACCUUCCAGGAUUUGUUUACUAUGAUGCACUCAAGGCGCGAAAAAGGCUGGUGGCAAUUUUUCAAUCCGUGGUGGAUGAAAGAAGAGAGAAGAGAAGGAACAACUUAAACGGUUUGAAUGAGAAGAAAGACAUGAUGGAUAGACUAAUGGAAGUUAAAGAUGAGAAUGGGAAAAUGCUGGAUGACGAGGAAAUAAUUGAUAUUAUGGUGAUGUACUUAAAUGCUGGGCAUGAAUCCUCGGGCCAUAUCACAAUGUGGGCUACUCUGCUUCUGCAGAGCCACCCUGAGGCCUUUAAAAAAGCUAAGGCAGAGCAAGAGGAAAUCGUGCGAAAUAUGCCUCCUGGUCAGAAGGGUUUGACACUGAAAGAGUACCGACAGAUGGAGUAUCUGUCUAAGGUGGUUGAUGAAACACUUCGCUAUGUAACAUUCUCUCUGAUGGUGUUCCGAGAGGCAAAGAAGGAUGUGAAUGUUUGCGGAUAUUUAAUUCCAGAGGGAUGGAAAGUUUUGGUGUGGUUUAGAGGUCCUCACUAUGAUGAGGAGAUAUAUGAAGACCCAUUUGCAUUCAAUCCUUCCAGAUGGGAUAAUCUGAUACCAAAAGCAGGAGAAUUUCUUCCAUUUGGAGCAGGAAGCAGACUGUGCCCAGGAAACGACCUUGCCAAACUCGAAAUCUCCAUUUUUCUUCACUAUUUUCUACUGGGUUACGAGCUGGAGAGGAAAAAUCCUGACUGCCCACUCAUGUAUUUACCACACACCAGGCCUAAAGACAACUGUCUGGGGAGAAUAAGAAAAACAUCUUCAACUGUCUAGACAACCAACAACCUCGUACCUGUAUCUGGUCAAUGGUCUCUGGUCUCUUCAAAAUUAGUAUCUGUUAUCUUUGUUUUCACUUUCAGUUUCCUAUCAAUAAAAAAUUAGUGUUGGGAUGAUUUCUUAA